AUGACGUGUGGGAUGCGCCGCUUCCUGGCAGGCUGCGCCAAGAUCGUGGGACUGUCAUCCGAAAUCAGGCGCCGGGCAGCAGCCGAGGCCGGAAGAGAAGGCCGUCGCAAGCAGUAG